UUACGUAAUGUAAAUGUUUGCUUGGGGAUUUAGUGGGAAACCAGGGUUUUAGGGUGUGAAAAGCCAAAAUGGGCCAAUUUUGAUAGCCUUAAGGAUGAAGAAUGCCAUAUUUAGAAAACGGGAAAGGGGAAUAUUGAGAUAGUUAACCUACUGUUUUCCUGAAGAAGCUAUUUUUUUUUCUGAUAGUUUUCGGCCUCUUUUUAGUGAAUCUGCAUGCUGUUUUUCGGCCUCUUUUUAGUGAAUCUGCAUGUUGUUUUUCCCACAAAUCAUUAUUUUUUUUAUUCUUUACCCCCACCCCCCAUCAGAAACUAAUGUUUUGCAGUUAAAACGAAAAGCCGAUUAAUACAAAACUGACCGAAAUCUCCCAGAAAAAAAUAGUUUCAUCAUCAUAAAUAAGUAACAUAACAGUAAUACUCACAAUGUUCCCAGCAAGAGGACUGGCUGUCACCAUCACCACCACCUAACCCAGCCUAAUGAAUCUAACCAAACUAACAACCUGACUAAACUAAUCCAACCAAACAAACCUAACUAAACUAACCUAACCUACCCAAACUAAUGUGACCUAACUAAGUAAUCUAACCUAACCUAACCUUACUGGCAAGGCUAAGAAAUGAAUAUGAAGUCAUUACUUUAUAUAUUUUUGUAAAAUCUGAUGAUUCAGCGAAAAUAAUCAAGGCGAUACCCACCACCAAUAGACAUCUUCCUCAGAGUAAUUCAAAUUUUUCAAAUUGACCCUCUUCUCCCUCCACAGAUGAAAUAAAAUGCUGUGAUUGGCUAAAUUUAUUCUGUAUUUUUUAAUUGACCAGUGGCUGUGUUCUCAAACAUAAGAACCAAUCGCCGUGACUAAUUUCGUGCUUGCACAGCAGAUGUGACAUACGCACGCACAGAUGAACACACUUUCACUGGAGUAGAUCAGUGCCCGCCUGUCCAUCACAUGCAAGUGUGCAUCACUUGCCAGCGUUGUCAUAACACCCAAUUUUCUAAUUUUACUUGAGCAUCUGCAUGUUUGUGGAAGAUAUUGCAUACUGCAUUACAUUAAGCAACCAUAAUGCUGCAGAUACAGUAAGUAUUAACCUCAGAGAAGGACACUAGCAUUAUUUCAGUGUUACCCCUAUGCUCCCACUUAACCCCUGCUUAAGGACUCUAACCUAACCAGGACGCAAUGCCCCACCUCCUCCCAUGGACCCCUCCUUAAAGGCAUGAGCCAAUGUUAAAUGGGAGGGCUAUGCCCUCCUCUCUUAAGGACACUAACCUAACCCUACCUAACCAGGGAGGCUGCCCCCUCUGGAUCUCCUCAUAAAUCAAAACCUAAAAUCCCACUUUCAAACCCUGCUUCAAGCUCAUGUGGUUUAUCAUUGCAGAUAAAUGGUAACUUAAUGCAACAUAUACCUUAAUAGGAAGUUAGGACCCAGCAAUUUGGGGGGACAUGACAGCAGCUUGCUUAAUGAUUUCAUUUGGUGCAUUUGCUUCAAAAGAAAGGCAACAAUUACUGGGGCCUGUGAUGGCGCAGCACAUUGGCACCUUGACUAAGGAGGGUACAGCCAGGAUUAGAAAGAACUGAUGCAACAUUAUCUAUUGAUACAAUCAAAUCUGCAAUCUGGUCUCCUUGGGAAGCUGGAAAUUCUGGAACUGCAGUGAGCACUCAUGAUGGCUGAAGCUGUGGCAUUACUGCACUAGUCAGGCUGUCAAUGCACUGACCUCCACCUUGAGGAAAAAUUCACUCACAAGAAUAGACCAUUGUGUUUGUUUUUACAUUCAUCAGUUAGAGGCCUUGCAAAACAGAAAUUUUUAUGAACUUUAUCAGCGUUUUCCUGUGGAUGGUGCAGGUAUUCAAAAUACACCAAAUAGUGAGAUCCACGUGCUGCAGUACCAUCAUUUUUGGUUACAAAAUACUGACAAGAAGACACGCAGAUGAAGGCCUGUAUAUUAGCAGUGUGGGGUGUGGUGGCAGCCAUGCUGUGCCCCACCAGUGUGCUGGCUGCCUGGGGCUCUGGUGGAGAAAGUAUGCACCUCAAGAGCAUAGAAGUGCUCACAUUAUACAGUGGAAAAAUGACUAAAGGAAGGAGGUCUGCCCCAGUACCCCAGCUGGAGUGUGUGUCUGGGGGCACUGCCCCCUGUGAUGCCUUCCGGCCACGUGUGGUGCAGUGCUACAACCGAGGCUGGGAUGGAGAGGAUGUACAGUGGGAGUGUAAGACUGAUAUGGACAACGCAUACAGGUUUGGUAGCAUUGAGGUGUCCUGUGAGGGGUAUGAGCACCGUGAUGACCCGUACGUUCUGAAGGGUUCCUGUGGCCUGCGGUACACCAUAGACUACACUAAGGAGGGCUUCAACCAGAACCAGAAGCACAAUUAUUAUGGCGGAGGUGGUGGAAACUCGUAUUACUCCAAGACAAACCAGAAGCUUUCUAGUGAGAGUACCGUAGCAAACUUCAUUGUGAUGGUGGCUGUUUGCUUGAUGCUUUGGGCCUUCUACAAGACAUGCAUUGGCAACCGACAAUCAAGAGAGGACGCAUGGAGCACCACAGGAGAUGAUUACCCAGCAGGAGGUGGUGGAGGAUAUGGCUGGUUUGGUCAGGGAGGUGGUACACAUCCCACCGCACCACCACCACCAGAGUACCAGGCAGGGUAUGGCGAUGCUUCCUGCAGGAACCGCACUGCUGGGGCUGGGACAGGGGCUGGGGGUUUCUGGACAGGAGCCAUGACAGGAGGUUUGCUUGGGUACAUGUUUGGUAACAGUGGGAGGCGUAACUAUGCUGACCAUCGUGGGUAUGGUGGUGGCUGGGGUGGUGGCGGUGGUGGUGGGAGUGGUGGAUGGAGCUUCAGUAGUGGGGGAGGGGGCAAUGGUGGGUCCACAGGCACAAGAACGGCCUCAGGGUUUGGUGGUACGAGUCGCCGCUGAGAUUCUGUUCAAAUUAAGGUUGGUGUGUUUCCCUUGAAGUUCUUAGGAAUACGUGUGGUAGGUAAUAUUAUCGUGUUAUAGGAAAGAGAACAAAAAUUCCAAUACAAUGUUACCUAUCCUACCUAUUCCUAACAGUGUGUGUAUGUGUGAGUGUCCAUCUGUAUUUUAUUUAUGUCUGUCAUUCUGUUCUUGUAAUGUAUUUAUUGUUCCUCGUGAAAGGGCUCUUUCUUCAAGUUGGAAAUGUCAGAUGAUUGGAGUUUUAGGUGUGUUAAUGCUCCUGCUGGUGCUGCUACCGAUCCCCACCAGUAGCUGUACCCGUUCACAUGCUUUUUUUUUUGAGUCUUGCUUCCUUUGUAAUUUUCUAACAUGCCAUAUACAUUUAAUAAAGUGGACAUUAAAAAUCAGCUGACAAGCAUAUUUUUCCCUUUCUGGCUUGUAACUCUGUCAGAACUUUAUUGGGAAUGUUAUGUGGACGUUUUGCAGACAUGGGAGGCUGGCUGUGCAGGUUGUCACGGCCAGAGAUCUCAUGCUGACUGUUUCUUUUGGAACUAGGCCAGCCAUUAUGUGUUUAUGGGACUUCUUUCUCUUUUAAAACUUAAUGAAAGUAUGGCCAUGGAUGUAAAGUUCUGUCGCCAGUGUCUUUUACUUACCUGAUUAAAAAGAUAUAUUUUAAA